CACCUUGUCUUUAAUCGCUUUGAGCCCAAGAGUCCCUUAUCACACGCGGCCUUAAUUGGUCUCGUGCCAGCCCUACUGACCUUGCUGCUCCAGCCACAUUUCUCAAGCAUCCUACAAGCUAAUCUGAUCACAUUCGCGGCAUACUACACUACCUUGCUUAUUUCCAUAUGCUCAUACCGACUAUCUCCCUUCCAUCCCCUUGCCAAGUAUCCGGGACCCGUGCUCUGCAAACUCACCAAGUUCUGGCUCGCAUAUCAUGGACAGACUGGGAAACAAUACCUUUAUUACAAAAAGUUGCACGAGAAGUAUGGAAGUAUUGUCAGAAUAGGUCCCAACGAAUUGUCCAUCACUGAAGCCUCGGCUGUUGCCCCACUUAUGGGUCCGAUUGGGAUGAACAAGGGGCCCGCCUGGGAGGGACGGACCUCCGAAUUGAAGGUCAAACCUCUCAUCACCAUUAUCGACACCCACGAGCACGCCCGCCGGCGCAGACCCUGGAAUCGCGCCUUCAAUACAUCUUCACUCAAGGGGUACGAAGAGAUCAUCUCUAAGCGAACUCUUCAGCUCGUCAAUGUUCUCAGUCAAGAAAAGUCUGGUGCCGUGGACUUGUGUCAAUGGAUCUGCUACUUCACGUAUGACUUUAUGAGUGAUAUGGCUUUUGGUGGUGGACCCGAGAUGAUGGAAAAUGGGGACAAGACCGGGCAGUGGCACCUCCUGGAAAGUGGCCAAGUCACCGCCUUAUUUUUAGGACACGUACCAUGGCUUGCUAGGUAUUACAUGGCUCUUCCUGGUGUAGGAAAAGACUUGAAGAAGUUCCGUGCCAAUGCUAUCCAGCGUGCGGCGAAAAGGCGCACUCAAGGCUCGCAUCUCAAAGAUCUCUUCCAUUAUCUCAACGACGAAGAGGGAAUCGAGUCCAUUCCGCCAACCAUUCCCGAGGUCACGUCUGAUGGUGGUCUUGCUAUCCUUGCUGGAUCAGACACGACUGCAUCAGCAUUGAGCCACAUUUGCUAUUUCCUAAUGUGCCAUCCUGCCGCCUUCCGCCGCCUACGCGCUGAGAUUGAUCGGUAUAUCCCUGCCGACCAGGACGUGACGAUGAGCUUCCAGGAUCAUCCCCAAAUGAGCUACCUCAAUGCCGUCAUCAACGAGGCACUUCGAUUGUUCCCACCUUUGCUCAGUGGCAGCCAGCGGACGCCGCAACCCAAGACGGGCGGAAAGGCGUUCGGAUCGUUCGUCUUGCCAGAAGGAAAUAACGCAUUUAUCCACUUCUAUUCCAUCCAACGUGAUCCACGAUACUUUUCUCCCAUGCCAGAUACUUUUUGGCCCGAACGCUGGCUUUCAGCUAAAGAGCGCGAAGAGUUAGACAUCUCGGAGCCUGGGGCAUUUAGAUCCCCCGAAAAAGUUGUGCACAACACGGACGCCUUCCUCCCGUUCUCGUUUGGGCCAGCCAUGUGCGUUGGGAAGAACCUCGCAUAUCAGGAACUCCGUAUGGUGCUCUGUGUCAUGGUUCGUGAACUUGACUUCCGGUUUGCGGAUGGGUACAAUCCCAAAGACUGGGAGGACAGCUUGCAAGACUUCCUGGUGACGUUGAAAGGGGCACUACCUGCCGUUGUGACCGCGAGAAAGCAUUGA